CAAAAAAGAAAAAAAAUCCCUAAAAGGAGCCAAUAGGGAAAUUGCUAUAUAAACACAUCAGUGUAAAGGCCAGGCCUCCGCAAGUCUAUGAAAUAUUCUUCUGUGCUAUUAGAAAUAGCAUUUCCUUUUAAGGCCAGCAAACCUCUCCCAAAACCCAUCUCUCAAGAUUUUAGUUUCAUUCAUACAUCUGUUAGUCUGAGGAAAGGCUUGUUCAGAUGGGGAAUGGUUCGUCUGCUCCAGUGAUGCUUGGGGAAGCACUGGAAAUAUUUUGUGGAAAGAAAAUAAACAACCCCAUUGACAACAACGGAGGCACAAACAUGAAGAUCAAAGGGACAGUGGUUUUGAUGAAGAAGAACAUCCUGGACGUUACUGAUAUGGUAGCUUCGUUCCUCGAUCGAGUUCAUGAGUUUUUGGGCAAACGUGUUUCUCUACAGCUUAUCAGUGCCGUUAAUAGUGACCCAGCUAAUGAAAAGCGAGGGAAGAUUGGAAAAGCAGCUUGCCUCGAAAAAUGGAUCACUAGACUCACCUCAGUGACAGCUGAAGAUGUCUCGUUCGGUAUUACGUUUGACUGGGAGGAAGCCAUGGGUGUCCCUGGUGCUUUCCUGAUCAAAAAUCACCACCACAGCCAGUUCUACCUCAAGACAGUGACCUUAGAGGAUGUACCUGGGCAUGGCCAAGUCCACUUUAUUUGCAAUUCUUGGGUUUAUCCGGCCCAUCGAUACGAGUAUGAUCGCGUCUUCUUCGCAAACAAGACCUACCUUCCAUGUGAUACACCAGAGCCACUACAACAUUACCGGGAACAAGAACUUAUUAAUCUUCGUGGAAAUGGAUCGGGCAUGCUCAAGAAAUGGGACAGAAUAUAUGACUAUGCAUACUACAAUGAUUUGGGAAUGCCAGCCAAGGGCCAAAAAUAUGCACGUCCAGUGCUUGGUGGAACAAGGGAUUACCCAUAUCCACGCCGAGGAAGAACUGGCAGGCCACCAACAAGAGCUGAUCCCAAAACUGAGAGCAGAUUGCAAAUCCUAAAUAUAGGCAUUUACGUCCCCAGAGAUGAACGGUUCAACCAAGUUAAGAUGUCAGAUUUCCUUGCCCAUGCGGCCAAAUCUAUCGGACCGAUCCUGCUGCCGGAGAUCGCAGCUCUGUUUGACAAAACCAUUAACGAGUUUGACACUUUCCAAGACAUAAUGAACCUAUAUGAAGGUAGAUUUAAGCCUCCAAACGGGGUCCGAUAUAGUAAACUAAGGGAGUGCAUCCCAUGGCAAAUACUGAAGGAGCUAGCACAUUCUGAUGGUGAGAGGUUCCACAAUCUCCCAAUCCCUGCUGUAAUAAAAGAGGAUAAAUCUGCCUGGAGGACAGAUGAAGAGUUUGCACGGGAAAUGCUUGCUGGAGUGAACCCUGUUGUCAUCCGCCGCCUCCAAGAGUUUCCACCUGCUAGCAAGCUAGACCCUCAAGAAUAUGGCGAUCAAACCAGCUCAAUGACCAGAGAGCAAGUUGAGAAGAACAUGAAUGGGUUAACAAUAGAUCAAGCAAUUGAGAACAACAAGCUGUUCAUAUUGGAUCAUCAUGAUGCACUAAUGCCAUACCUCAAAAGGAUAAACACUACUGCCACUAAGACUUAUGCCAGCAGAACAGUUCUCUUACUGCAAGAUGAUGGAACAUUGAAGCCAUUGGCAAUUGAGCUAAGCAAACCAGAUGACCUGCAUCGUGCCAACAGCCAAGUCUUCACUCCGGCAGAAGAUGGCAUUGGAGGUUCAUUGUGGGAGCUAGCUAAAGCUUAUGUUGCUGUAAAUGAUUCAGGCUACCAUCACCUCGUUAGUCACUGGCUGAAUACUCAUGCAGUAAUAGAGCCAUUCAUCAUUGCAGCAAAUAGGCAAUUGAGCGUGCUUCAUCCAAUAUAUAAGCUCUUGCAUCCCCACUUCCGUGAUACAAUGAAUAUAAAUGCCUUGGCUCGACAUAUCCUCAUCAAUGCUGGUGGGGUGCUUGAGACAACAGUCUUUCCAGCUAAAUAUGCAAUGGAAAUGUCUUCUGCUAUUUACAAGAACUGGAAUUUCACAGAGCAGGCACUUCCAGCUGAUCUGCUAAAAAGAGGCGUAGCAGUUCCAGACUCGAGCAGUAACAAUGGACUCAAGCUUUUGAUAGAGGAUUACCCCUUUGCUGUUGAUGGACUGGAAAUCUGGACAGCAAUUGAAACUUGGGUCGGUGAAUAUUGCUCUUUUUACUACUCCACAGAUGAGUUGGUCCAAGAUGAUUCCGAGCUCCAAUCAUGGUGGAGAGAGCUUGUCCAUGUAGGCCAUGGUGACAAGAAAGAUGAGCCGUGGUGGCCAGAGAUGCAGACAAGAACAGAGCUCAUCCACACAUGCACCAUUAUCAUAUGGGUGGCUUCUGCUCUCCAUGCGGCUGUCAAUUUUGGCCAAUACCCUUAUGCUGGCUAUCUCCCUAAUCGUCCAACAGUAAGCCGCAGAUUUAUGCCUGAGCCAGGGACUCCAGAGUACGCUGAUCUUGAGUCCUCAGACCAUGAGCGUCGUAACUUGGUCUUCCUAAAAACAAUCACUGCCCAGUUCCAAACCCUACUUGGUGUUUCCCUGAUAGAGGUUUUGUCACGGCAUUCUGCUGAUGAGAUUUAUCUGGGAAGCAGAGACACACCUCACUGGACUACAGAUACCCAACCCCUGGAAGCAUUUAAGAUGUUCAACGCUAGAUUGGUAGAAAUAGAAAACAGGAUAAUGGACAGGAAUAAUGAUAGGAGAAACAGGAACCGGUUUGGGCCGGUCAAAGUGCCUUACACCUUGCUCUAUCCAAGCACCUCGAAUCCCCAAAAAGCUACAGGACUUACUGGCCUGGGAAUUCCGAACAGUGUCUCAAUCUAAAUUUUACUGAAGAAUGUUUGUGCCCGCGCGUUGCGUGUGAUUUUUUUUUUUUUUUGCUAGAAGUAAAUAUGUGUUUUUGAAGGUACGGAUUUUGAUAGUAUGUUCUGCAACUCAAGCAAAUUGCUAAAAGUUGGUUCUGAUGCACUUUAUUUUUUACCUCUCGGUUACAUGCUAAGAAUAGAGCAUUUGAUACAUUUUCUGC